CAGAGUGCUUUUUUUUAAAUAAAAAAACUAUCAUUCUAGAAAUGUACCAUCACGUUUCCCAGGCAACGCUGGGUGUAUCCUCUGCUGUUCACUUUAUGAAGGUACCUACAAUAGCACAAGCUGACAACUGAUGUCUAUUUGCAAUUUCUUUUUUUCCAGAAGGAGGAAACAUCCAAAAAAGACCUUGCCUUGAAGAGAAAAGGCCCCUUCCACUAAGGAUCACUAGCUACAGUAUCCAUGCAGUGCUGGGUCAGGGCGGUUUUGGCACGGUAAUGUUGGCAACUUGUUCCAACAGGAGAAAACCGGUAGCCAUGAAGGUGAUAGACAAAGCCGAGGAUGAAAGAUCUAUUGUCAAGGAGGUGCGACUAAUGAGGAUGGCUUCUGGAUGCCCAUUCCUCUGUCACGCGCAUGCAGCUUUCCAAACAAAGCUGACUGCAUGCAUUGUGAUGGAGUAUGCCAGUGGAAACAGCUUGAAGAAAUUCAUUAAGGGCACAGGGAAACUGAAGACGGACGAUAUUAUAUUCUACGCAGCAGAGAUCAUAUGCGGCCUGCAGUUCCUCCACGCCAACGGGAUUGUCCAUCGGGACAUCAAACUGGAUAACAUCCUGUUGACCGGCGAGGGACACAUAAAGAUCUUCGACUUUGGUUUGGCUGUAGAGGGAAUGUUUGGCCAGAGGAAAGUUAAAGGCAAGGCUGGAACAUUGAAAUACAUGGCCCCAGAGGUGAGUUGCUCUGAAUAAAAUUAUAUAGCUCAGAUGAAUUAGAGAAUCUGUUCUCUUUGCUAUUUUACAUUCAUUUCAUCAUCGCUGCAACUGCUUGGUAUUUAGAGUUUGUAGCAUGUUCUUUAGUUUUACAGUAGAAAUGGUCA